AGACAAAAGAGAGAAGAAAAAACACAAAUUAAUUAGAUUUUCCUUUUGGAUAAGUCCCUUUCAAUAUUAAACACCAACAUAAUUAAUUAAUUACAUUAACAUUAGCAAUAAAUAAUGGCACUAUACUACGUACUAAAAUAUAGCAAUUCUUUUCUUUAUUACAAACAAAUAUAAAAAAUAAAAAAUAAAUCACUUUUUCUUCUCUCUCUUAUAUAUCCUCCACCUCCAUUACACUACUACUUAAACACACAGAGAGAGUGAUAGAGGGAGAAAAAAAUCAGAGAGAGAUUAAAAAAAAAAGUAAAAAUAAAAUCCAAAAGUGGAAAUGAAACCCGAAAACGACGUCGUCGGAUCAACCACCGACAGACCGCGGCAAACCGUCGUGGCAUUAAUCAGUUUCUUCACCGGCGCAUUUUUAAUGUCGGCAUUUUUAACCGUGGGCCACCGUGAUUGGCCAUCGUACCUCCUAUCUCUCCGGCCCAAGCCCACCAUCUCCGGCCCAACUACUCCGAUCCAACUUCAGGCAAUCUUACACUACGCCACGUCAAAGGUGACCCCACAACAAUCUCUCCAAGAAAUCACGAAAUCAUUCAACGUUCUUCGCUCUUGUAAAUCUCCUUGUAAUUUCCUUGUUUUUGGGCUGGGCUACGAUUCCUUAAUGUGGGCCUCGUUUAACCCAAAUGGGCCCACUUUGUUUCUCGAAGAAACUCCUGAGUGGGUCACCACUGUUCUUAAGGACGCGCCGUGGUUAAACGCCAAAACGGUGUCGUAUCGCACGCGCCUUAAGGAGGCUGACCGGUUACUUGCGAGUUACCGGCACGUACCUGAUUGUUUACCUGGGAAGGCUUUCUUAAAGGGUAACCGGGAGUGCCGGUUAGCGUUGGAGAAUUUACCGGAUGAGGUGUAUGAGAGAGAGUGGGAUGUAAUUAUGAUCGACGCGCCUAGAGGGUAUUUUCCUGACGCGCCAGGGAGGAUGGCCGCGAUUUAUUCCGCGGCCAUGAUGGCACGUGCGAGGAAGCGCGUGGGAAAUACGCACGUGUUCUUACAUGAUGUGGAUAGGAAGGUUGAGAGGGAGUUCGCUAAGGAGUUUUUAUGUUUGAAGUUUAAGGUUGGUGGUGUUGGGAGGUUGUGGCAUUUUGAGAUACCUCCUAAUAAUAGUACUAGUAGUACCAAAUUUUGUGAUUAGUAUACUAUGUUAUUUACCAAAUUACCGAUACAUUAUAAAAUUAUAUCUUGGUGUAGUAGGUAUUGUUUUAAAAAUGAUCUUAUGAUUAGUAUAGAGGUAAGGUUGUGUAUAACUGAAUUCUUAAUUCAGAUGUAUUGAGAUGAUAUUGAUACAUGAGAGUAGUUGUGAUAGUCAUACUUGGACGGAUGAGUUUUCUUAGAUUUUUGGUGAUGUCCUGGUUGAUCUAUCCUAGCCUCUUUCUUGAAUAAAGUUUGAAUUUUUACUGUUGUUUAUAGUUUUCAAAUUUUGAAGUGGCAUGCCUAAACAAAAGAAAAGUAGUGUUGGGAAAUAAUUAUUGUACAAUUGGUUUUCUGUUGCAAACAUCUUUGCAAAGGGAUAAGUAGUCAAAGAAUGCAAGUGUUGGAGCGCGUUAGUCACAUUUUAUAGAGUGGAAAAUCUUGUUCUAAAAAUGUAGAGCAUUGUAGCAAAUUACCAAAGAGAUUAGUGUUGUAAAGACAAACUCCAAAUCUAAAA